CACGAAAUGUCACACUCCAGCACCUCACAUUGCACAUCCAACAAUCAUCACGAGGCAUUCAUGCAGACGUUCCACGACCGUCUACCUCCCCGCCAACCGUUCGUUCGUUCUGAAGUGAAGAGGACGCAUAGUGUCAACCAGAGGGGAAUCGGAUCUUUCGGCUAUGCCCAUAUUUCGGCUGACAUGUCCGUUAUGUGUACCAUGCAGAGUCAACACAUGUGCCACUUGACAUCAUCAUCCUAUCAACUUUAAUUCUGACAGGGGUUACAGUAGGCAGAGUAAACGUUGGCGAUCUUUAGGAUACUGGUUUAAAAAGUGUGUCCCUACCAUAUGGUACAGUCCGUCGGAGAGUCAAAGACCAUCCCGCAUAGACAUUCUUCAAGCAGUCUUGCUGCGAUGGGCUUGUCCGUGGACGUGGCCCCUCACUACGGUUUUGUUUUUCAAAGCGGUUUUUAAACUGCACAUUUUGUAAAGUAGUGUCGCUUUCGACGACGGGUGUCUUAGCUCCAGAACUAUUCAUUUACCAAGACUGCCGUUUGUUUAACAGGAAACUUAUUUUAUGUUGACGUUUUUGCAGUCAUUAGGCUACCUCUGCUGGGUGUGUUGAAGUGAGUAAUCUUGGGAGUUGCUUCUCCUCUGCGCGAGUUUAGUGAAGGAAUGACUAAAUCUGGAAAAGGACACCGAGGCGUCUGAAUGGAGAAAAUGGAGAACAAAGAUCUCGAGAUCAAUUUCGAAGAAAAACUAACACUGUCGGACAAAGGUCUGCCCCCCUCCCCCAACCCCAGCCCUAAUGACCUGGACGCCAGCAGCCCCCUCAAGGCAGACGACACCACCAUCACAGACUCCUCUCUGGUGACAGACCCCCCCUCCAAAACUGCCCCCGCCAGCAAGUCAGAUGGACGACCAUCCACACCCGGCAACAGCAGCAGCCCCCAGCCCAAGAAAGAUGGGAAGAACUCUGAACAGAAGCAGAAGCAGGCCAAGCAGCGCCGGGAAGAGAGGGCCAAGUACAUAGAGGAGCGUACCCUUGAGCAAGCUGUAAAGAAGGCCCAGUGGCUGGAGAAGGAGGAGAAGGCGCGGCGUCUGCGGGAGAGCCAGCUGGAGGACCGGCGCAGGAAGCUGGAGGAGCAGCGUCUGAAGACCGAGAAGAGACGCUCCCUCCUGGAGGAACGCCAGAGGGAGAAGCUGGAGAGGAACAAGGAGAGGUAUGAGUCAGCCAUCAAGAGGUCAACCAAAAAGACGUGGGCCGAGAUCCGACAGCAGCGCUGGUCCUGGGCCGGCGGACUCAACCAGACGUCCCGCAGGGAAAGCAGAUGCUCGGCCUCCACGGUCAACCUGCCGAGGCAACUGGAGCCUGUCAUUAACAGCAGGCUGUCCAAGUCCUCUGCCACGCUCUGGAACUCGCCCAGCAGAACCCGCAGCCUGCGUCUGAGCCCGUGGGAGAGCCGCAUCGUGGAGCGGCUCAUGACGCCAACCCUCUCCUUCCUGGCCCGCAGUCGCAGCGCUGCCACCCUUCUCAACAGCAGCGACCCCCACUCCCAGUGUUCCCGCUCUCCGUCAGCGAGCCCCCUGACGGUCUGCUCCCACCAACACCCCCACAGCUCCGAGCGCUGGAGGGCGUCCACCAGCACGCCCGACAUCACACAACGCCAGCGCCGGCGCCACUCCACUCCGGUGGAGAAAAAGACAAAGGAGAAGAAAGACAAAGAGAGGGAAAACGAAAAAGAGAAGAACGCACUGACGACAGAGAAGGUGACGAAGAAGAGGCAGUCCCUCUCCACUCCCAGAACCCGAGCAGAACUCAGUACUGCGGCUAAACCCAAGCACAGAGCUCCAUCACCAGCGCCCUCCAGGAGCAGACCCCUGUCCCCGUGCCCCAUCACCGCCCCCAAACCCCCCUCCACCGGCCGGGCCUCCACCGGCGCCAAGACCCGACCCAAGCGAUCCCAGACCCCCGCCAAGAUACCGCCUCAGGCGGUCACUGCCGUCACCGUGGAGACCAAGAGACAGUCCAGUCGGCCACACACCCCAGAGGCAGCUAAGGACGCAACCAGUGUCCCCUCCAUUUCCGUCUCAGCGGCUCCAGCCACACCCCCUUCUGUGAGCCCGCCAAUCACAGCGCCCUCUCCAGUGGCAGACCCCGCGGUCCCCGCCCCUCCAGCAGCCGAGGCUCCCUCCCCAGCUGCCCCAGCUGCCCCAGUUACGCCAGCACCAGUAACAACCACUCCAGUUACCCCAGUUGCCGCGGCGACCAGUCCGGCUGCCCCAGCUGCCACGGCCACCCCAGUUGCCAAGACAACUGCUGGUACUAACGAUCCGGAGGAGGCAUCCCGCGUCCUGGCGGAGAAGCGGCGUCAGGCCCGGGAGCAGCGCGAGAGGGAGGAACAGGAGCGUCUGGAGCAGGAGCAGAGGAACCGCGUCCUGCGUGAGGAGAAUGCUGCGCGGGAGGUGGAGGAGAGGAGGCGCAGGGAGGAGGAGGCGCGCCUCAUGGUCGAGCAGCAGCGGCUGAGGGACGAGGCCCAGAGGCUGGAGGAGGAGAGGGAGGCCCUGCAGAAGGCCCAGGCCAAGCAGGAGGAGAACCUGCGCGUCCAGAGACAGAGAGAGGAGGCCGAAUCGAAGGCCAGGGAGGAGGCCGAGAAGCAGCGGAUGGAGAGAGAGAAACACUUCCAGAAGGAGGAGCAGGAACGACUGGAGAGGAAGAAGCGCCUUGAGGAGAUCAUGAAGAGAACUCGCAAGAGUGAUGCAGGCGAGAAGAAAGACACCAAGCCUCCGGUCCAAACCAAUGGAAAGGACACAGAAAACACAGACCAUCUGCCCGAGAGAGCUCCUGGAAAUCUGCCAGGAUCAUCUGACAUGCUGAGCAAUGGCGCCACAAAUACGGGCCAGUCACAGACUCAAGAGAGCCCUGCAGCCUGGGAUUCCGCCCCUGUUCUGAACGGGGUCCAGCCUGCCAAACACCAGAACGGCCUGUCACCCAACGGAGACGCAGCUGACUUUGAUGACAUCAUCCAGAUGUCCAAUCACAGUGGUAGUGGCAACGCUGGCCCGGACAAACCAGCCAAUAGCAACACAAUCCUGGCCUUCGAUGAAGGCGACCCCUUCCUGAUGAAAGGGGGUGCGAUGAAGACUCACCAUGUCACAGAGGUCCUCUGAGGCGUCCAUCUUUGGCCUUCACCACAGCGAACUGAUAUGUGUGACACAGCAACAGCUUCCAGAGUGAGGUGUGCCAAAUGAUCAUGUUGAAAGACGACAAACAAAAAAAAACACAAACCAUCCGAAAGACUGCUUUUACCGUAGAAACACACAACACUAUAGAGACAUCCAUGGCCAGCACUUAGCAGUUAAACAUGGAGAAUCUGCAACUCUGCCACUGGAUGUUUAUCUUAAAGAAGAAAAAAAAAGAGAAAAAUACAAAAAAAAAUAUUCAAACAACAACAAAAACAUCUGGCUGCUUCACUGCGUUACAUGGUGUGACAUUGUUGAGUUUUAUUGAAUCGUCACCUGCCGAUAUUGUCAUGCACCUCAAGAGACUGACAAUAUCAUGAAUUUUAGAAGAGUAUAAAUCUAAGAAAAAUACAGUAUUGUUCUAAUUAUAAUUGUUGUUAUUGUCACAUAUGGCUGUUGUUCUCCUCCAUUGAUAAACAGUGUGUUUUUGUCUUGAAUUGUUGAGUUAUUUAAUUUCAGAUGCAUCAUGGGAAUGGGGAACAGUGUAUGUAAAUGUAUAUGAGCCUGAACAUGGAUGACCUGUGGAAUAAAGCUUUAUGAAAGGGA